AAAGGGACGAGCUUUUUGAUCAUAAUCUUAUGAAAUGCUUAUCCUACCAAAAUGUUCGUCUCCUUCUCCGACACUGCGCUCACCGUUCGUUUCUCCAUCCCGGCAAAGAAUUGCACGCUGUUUUAACCACUUCUGGAUUGAAGAAAGCUCCGAGGUCGUACCUUAGUAACGCGCUCUUUCAGUUUUAUGCGUCCGCUGGUGAAAUGGGUACUGCCCAGAAACUGUUCGAUGAAAUUCCUCUGUCAGAAAAAGACAAUGUGGAUUGGACCACUUUGUUAUCCUCUUUUUCUCGGUUUGGGUUGUUGGUUAAUUCGAUGAAGCUCUUCGUGGAAAUGAGAAGGAAAAGCGUAGAGAUUGAUGAUGUUUCUUUAGUCUGCUUGUUUGGCGUGUGUGCCAAGCUCGAAGAUUUGGGUUUCGGUGAACAAGGGCAUGGGGUUGCUGUAAAGAUGGGAUUUUUGACUAGUGUAAAGGUUUGUAAUGCCUUAAUGGAUAUGUAUGGGAAAUGUGGGUUUGUGAGUGAUGUCAAACGCAUUUUCGAGGAGUUAGAGGAGAAGAGCGUUGUUUCAUGGACGGUGGUUUUGGACACUGUUGUGAAAUGGGAGGGGUUGGAGAGAGGAAGAGAGGUUUUCGACGAAAUGCCUGAGAGAAAUGCUGUUGCUUGGACGGUUAUGGUUGCUGGGUAUUUGGGAGCUGGGUUUACAAGGGAAGUAUUGGAGCUUCUGGCAGAAAUGGUGUUUAGAUGUGGGCAUGGUUUGAACUUUGUCACCCUUUGCUCAAUGCUAUCGGCUUGUGCGCAAUCGGGAAAUCUGGUCAUUGGUAGAUGGGUUCAUGUGUAUGCAUUGAAGAAGGCAAUGAUGAUGGGGGAAGAAGCAACUUAUGAUGAUGUGAUGGUGGGAACGGCAUUGGUUGAUAUGUAUGCUAAAUGCGGAAACAUAGAUUCUUCCAUGAAGGUCUUCAGAUUGAUGCGUAAGAGGAAUGUGGUGACAUGGAAUGCUUUGUUCAGCGGGUUAGCAAUGCACGGGAAAGGUAGAAUGGUGAUUGACAUGUUCACGGAGAUGGUCAGAGAGGUGAAGCCAGAUGACUUAACCGUCACUGCUCUCUUAAGUGCUUGCAGCCACUCAGGGAUGGUAGAAGAAGGGUGGCGAUGUUUCCACAGCCUCCGAUUCUAUGGUUUGGAACCUAAGGUUGACCAUUAUGCAUGUAUGGUAGAUAUAUUGGGCCGAGCUGGUCGUAUUGAAGAAGCAGAGAUAUUGAUGAGGGAAAUGCCAGUGCCUCCGAAUGAAGUUGUCCUUGGUUCGCUUCUAGGCUCGUGUAGUGUCCAUGGAAAGCUGGAGAUAGCCGAACGAAUUAAAAGAGAGCUUAUUCAGAUGAGUCCAGGCAACACAGAGUACCAAAUACUUAUGUCAAACAUGUAUGUUGCAGAAGGAAGGAGUGACAUUGCUGAUGGGUUAAGGGGAAGUCUGAGAAACCGAGGCAUCAGAAGAAUACCUGGUUUGAGUUCCGUUUACGUUAAUGACUCAAUACAUCGGUUUAGUUCAGGAGAUCGAUCACACCCGAGAACGAAAGAGAUCUACUUGAAGUUGAAUGAAGUGAUUGAACAGAUAAGAUCAGCUGGUUAUGUCUCUGAUCUCUCUGGCCUGGUUUCUCAUUCGGAGGGUGACUUGGAGGAAAAAGAGCAAGCUUUGUGCUGUCACAGUGAGAAAUUGGCCGUCUGUUUCGGGCUUCUGGAGACAAAACCGAGGACACCUCUUCUUGUCUUCAAGAAUCUGAGGAUAUGUCGGGAUUGUCAUUCGGCUAUGAAGAUUGUUUCAAAGGUCUAUGACCGAGAAAUCAUCAUCAGAGACAGAAAUAGAUUUCAUCAGUUCAAGGGAGGCUCUUGUUCUUGUUCCGAUUAUUGGUGAACAGAUAAAAUGGCUGGACGAUU